AUGAUCCCCAAGACCGGCUCCAGAACAACCCUCGACCCCGAGAUCUCCUCGUUUCUAAAGACACAUCCGGACCUGGUCCUCGGGGGCGGAAACCUGCUCGAAGAGCGGCGCAUCCACACACAAAUACUCAGCUUCACAAACCACCCACGGGAGAAACAAUUCGACAUCGGCCGCGUCGAAUUCACAGCUUUCCGCGGACCGCACGGCACAAUAAACGUCCGAGUCCUUUACCCGUCAAAGCCGCCAUUAAACGCGCAGGACCUCACACCGGCGCUGAUCUACUUCCACGGCGGCGGAUACACAGUCGGAUCGGGCGACGAAUUCGAGAAUGGAUGUCGGAUGUUGGCCGAGAAAGCCGGCGUCCAAGUCUACCUUGUUGAGUACCGGCUCGCGCCGGAAUGGAAGUAUCCGACGCAGUUGGAUGAAUAUGAAGCCGUGCGGGACUGGUUGAGGGGCGAAGGGGGAAAGGAGCGCGGCGUUGAUCCAGAGCUCAUCUUCGGGGCAGGGGAUAGUGCAGGGGGUAAUAUGUCGGCGGCGAUUUCGCUGAGGCUGCGUGAUGAGAAAAAGAAACCGCUGGCAGGCGUGUUUCUGCUGUAUCCGGAGGCGAGGGUGCCUUUCGACACCAAUGCGGCGGCAGAGAAUAACGCGGGGCCGUAUCUGAGCUGUAAUGGGAUCUUCGAAUUCGCUAGAAACUACCUCCCUCCCGGAGUCCCGCCGUCGAUGCCAUAUAUAUCGCCAGGACAACAACAUGUCGAUGAUUUGAAAGGCUUUCCACCAGCUACAGUUUACACCUGUGGCUUUGACUGUCUAAGAGAUGUCGGCGUCGAGUUUGCUUCCAAGUUGGAAGAGGCCGGCAACCAGGUGACCUGGCAUCACUACGAGACACUGUGCCAUGGCUUUCUACAGAUGGCCCCUUGGAGCUCUACGGCAAUGAACGCCCUUCUGCAGGUAGCGCAGGAUGUGCGAGAGUCAGUUCAGCGGGCUCGAAGUUAG